AUGAGUACGAGCAGCUUUGCCGGGGCGCCCGUGUCCAAGGCAUUGCUUUCAGUGGCAGUGGCGUGCUCCAUCGUGGCUGCCGUGACCUCGACGCAACACCUCUUCCACCUUCCCCUCGUCCCGCACCUCAUCCGCGACCACCAGUUCUACCGACUCCUCGCACAUCACUUCGUCUAUGCGAAUUCGGCUGAAUUGCUACUGGGCACGCUGCUGUUGUGGCAGACGAGCGCAGAGGUGGAGAGGCUGUUCGGGACUCGCAAGUUCGCGAGCUUCCUUGUCGUGACGACCGCCCUCUCAACUGCCGCGACGGCGGUCACGCUGCUUCUUGGCGCUCGUCUGACCCGAGGCCAAUUCAACUUCUUUCCUUCCGGACCUUUCGCGGCUACUGCUGCUAUACUGUAUCAAUCUCAUCGCCUUGUCCCGCCAUUGUACCACUUCCGCCUUUUCCACCCUCUCCUUACCUUCAGCAACCGCUUCGCAAUCUACCUCCUCGCUGCCCUCCUCUUCACUUCAAACCUUCCAUCCUCCGCCAUCCUCUGCCUGAUCGGUAUCACCUCCUCCCUCGCCUACACCUCCGACUUCCUCUCGAUGCGAAGAUACCGCAUCUCUCGGCGAGUCUACAAGUCCCUCGCCCGGAUAGGCGGACUCGUGUUCCGCACGGAUGAUGGAGCGCGGAUACGGCGAGGGACGGCAGUGACGGCGGAAGAAGUGUUGUUGCAGUCGCUUGCGGCGGCGCAAGGUGGAGCAGCAGGAGCGGUCGGAGGUGGGCUGGAAGCGAGCGCUUUGCGCGGUCUGGCACAACGAGCGGCUCAGCCAGCGGUAGAAGCGACGGCGCCGACACCUGCGCCAGCGGAGACUGCGGAACCUCCACAGACUCCCGCCGCACCGGCGUCGACUUCGCCUACAACGCCGUCCAGGGCGCCGCGCAUGGGUUUCUUGCGGCAAUGGCAGGCUGGAUUGACGGGAGCGCCGGAAGGACCGACGGCUGCGCAAAUCGCCGAGUUGACCGCCAUCUUUCCCCAUCACACGCGGCAAGCGAUCGUCACCGCCUUGCAGGAGAACGAGCUGGACGUAACUCGAGCUGCCGAAGCGCUAUUAGCGGCUAGCUGA